AUGGCCGCCCUUCAGAGUCUGCGUUCCACAUAUCGCAUGAACUCGGGGCAUGAGAUCCCGGUCCUAGGUUACGGCGUCGACUCGGCCAUCAUGUACGGCAAUGAGAAAGCCUGUGGGCGCGCAAUUGCUGCCUCGGGGAUUGAUCGCUCACAGAUAUUUUUCACUACCAAGAUUCCGCCAGACUCGAUGGGGUAUAAUGCCACGAAACGGGCUAUCGACUCGAGUCUACGGACUGCAGAGCAGGAAUACUUCGACCUAAUCCUCCUUCACGCCCCUUACGGCGGCAAAGAAGCCCGACGGGGCUCAUGGAAAGCGCUUGUUGAGGCCCAGAGAGCCGGAAAGACAAAGUCAAUUGGUGUGUCUAACUAUGGUAUCCACCAUCUCGACGAGCUUGAAGCAUACAUCCAGUCCAGUGGCGAUGACGGUGUGAGAGAAAGUAAGAUUGAUGUUGGGCAGUAUGAGUUACAUCCAUGGCUCGAUCGGUCGGAAAUUGUCGAGUGGUUGCAGAAAAGAAAUAUUAUUGUCCAGGCUUAUUCACCGCUAGCGCAUGGGACGAGGAUGCGAGAGCCAUUGUUGAAGAAGUUGGGGUACAAGUAUGGAAAAUCGCCAGCGCAGAUUAUGAUUCGAUGGGGAUUGCAGAAGGGCUUUGUUCCUCUUCCCAAGUCAGUCACUCCUAGUCGCAUCCAGGAAAAUACCGAGGUGUUCGACUUUGAAUUGGACGAGGAGGAUAUGAAGUCCUUGCAUACAGGGGAGUAUUCGCCAACAGACUGGGAUCCUACUCUUGAUUAUGAUUAG